AUGGCUCCAUAUCUGCCCGUUUUCUUUUCUGUAUCUUUCACUCUCUUUCUUUGGUUUUCCGUAACUUUCAAAAAGUUUUAUUUGUUUUCACAUCUUACAAACUCUUUCUUUUAUUUUCCACCUCUUUCAAAUUCUCUCCUUUAUUUUCAAACUCUUUCAAACGCUUUUAUUCCCUGCAUCUUUCAAUCACUUUCUUUUAUUUCCCGCAUCUUUCAAACUCUUUCUUUUAUUUCCCGGAUUUUUCAAACACUUCUUUUUUUAUUUCUCGCAUCUUUCAAUCACUUUCUUUUGUAUUCGACAUAUUUCAAACUCUUUCUUUUAUUUCACGCAUCUUUCAAACACUUAUCUUUUAUUUCUCACUGCUUUCAAACUCUUUCUUAUAUUUCCCGCAUUUUUCAGACACUUUCUUUUAUUUCGCGCAUUUUUCAAACUCUUUCUUUUUUUCCCGCAUCUUUCAAAGACUUUCUUUUAUUUCCAUUUUUCAAACUCUUUCUUUUAUUUCCCGUAUUUUUCAAACUCUUACUUUUAUUUCCCCCAUUUUUCAAGCACUUUUUUUAUUUCUCAGAUCUUUCAAACUCUUUCUUUUAUUUCCCGCAUUUUUCAAACUCUUUCUUUUAUUUCCCGCAUUUUUCAAACUCUUACUUUUAUUUCCCCCAUUUUUCAAGCACUUUUUUUAUUUCUCAGAUCUUUCAAACUCUUUCUUUUAUUUCCCGGAUUUUUCAAACACUUCUUUUUUUAUUUCUCGCAUCUUUCAAUCACUUUCUUUUGUAUUCGACAUAUUUCAAACUCUUUCUUUUAUUUCACGCAUCUUUCAAACACUUAUCUUUUAUUUCUCACUGCUUUCAAACUCUUUCUUAUAUUUCCCGCAUUUUUCAGACACUUUCUUUUAUUUCGCGCAUUUUUCAAACUCUUUCUUUUUUUCCCGCAUCUUUCAAAGACUUUCUUUUAUUUCCAUUUUUCAAACUCUUUCUUUUAUUUCCCGCAUUUUUCAAACUCUUACUUUUAUUUCCCCCAUUUUUCAAGCACUUUUUUUAUUUCUCAGAUCUUUCAAACUCUUUCUUUUAUUUCCCGCAUUUUUCAAACUCUUUCUUUUAUUUCCCGCAUUUUUCAAACUCUUACUUUUAUUUCCCCCAUUUUUCAAGCACUUUUUUUAUUUCUCAGAUCUUUCAAACUCUUUCUUUUAUUUCCCGCAUUUUUCAAACUCUUUCUUUUAUUUCCCGCUUAUUUCAAACACUUUCUUUUAUUUCCCGCAUUUUUCAAAGACUUUCUUUUAUUUCCAACAUUUUUCAAACUCUUUCUUUUAUUUCCCGCAUUUUUCAAACUCUUUCUUUUAUUUCCCGCAUCUUUCAAACACUUUCUUUUAUUUCCCGCAUUUUUCAAACUCUUUCUUUUAUUUCCCGCAUUUUUCAAACUCUUACUUUUAUUUCCCCCAUUUUUCAAACACUUUCUUUUAAUUCCUGCAUUUUUUCAAACUCUUUCUUUUAUUUCCCGCAUUUUCAAACUCUUUUCUUUUAUUUCCCGCAUCUUUCAAACACUUUCUUUUAUUUCCCGCAUUUUUCAAACUCUUUCUUUUAUUUCCCGCAUUUUUCAAACUCUUACUUUUAUUUCCCCCAUUUUUCAAACACUUUCUUUUAUUUCCCGCAUUUUUCAAACUCUUUCUUUUAUUUCCCGCAUUUUUCAAACUCUUUCUUUUAUUUCCCGCGUCUUUCAAACACUUUCUUUUAUUUCCCGCAUUUUUUAAACUCUUUCUCUUAUUUCCCGAAUUUUUCAAACUCUUUCUUUUAUUUACCGCAUUUUCAAACACUUUCUUUUAUUUCCCUCAUUUUUUUAACACUUUCUUUUAUUUCUGAAAACUUUCAAACCCUUUCUUUUAUUUCCCGCAUUUUUCAAAUUUUUUCUCUUAUUUCGCGCAUUUUUCAUACUCUUUCUUUUAUUUCCCGCAUUUUUAAAACUUUUUCUUUUAUUUCCCGCCUUUUUCAAUCUUUUUCCUUUGUUUUCCACGUCCUUCAAAGUCUAUUUUUUUGUAUUUCAUAUCUUUAA